UGGUCUUUUAUUUUGGGUCAGCUCUGGUUUCUGCCACGGACAGAGCCCAUGUUGACGCCAUUACUUGUACCUACUGUAUAUAAAUAUAUUUAAUGGCUCCCCCUGCUGUGCUUUUGGGCGAACAGCAUCUGCUCUUGUCUGUAGCAGAAGCCGGCUAAAUCCAUAUCAGACGGAGCAAAACCUUGUUUGAUACAAAUUGUAUCAUGAACUAAGUCGCUGAUAUUAUAUACAGUACAUGGACUUGUUGAUCAAGCGCUCUUGGUGUAUUCCUACCUAACACGAUGAGGAGCAUUGGCAAAAAAAUGGGAAUAGCUUUGACAAAAUGCUUUAAAUGAUCUUUUGAAACAAAAAGGAGUUGUUGGCCCACUGUGUUUAGAUGCUGCAACUUCAUCAUGUGCACUCUUGGGUUUAAAGCUGGCUUGAUCUACAACAAAAGUCUAAUGUCAGUAACUGACAUACCACAUUUAUUUAAAAAACAAAAAUACAUUUCUAGUUUUUUUAACUUGCAUGUUUUGAGGUCAGAUUCAUAUUUCAAGUGAUAAUUCAACAUUUUUGUGUUUUUUUCCGACCAGCACAGUUUACCUGUACUGUCACUUAAAAAUGUUAUACUGCCUUUUUUGCAUAAUUCAUCCCACAUACAUUAUUUAUUCUUAUUCAUCUAAUACUCUUAUGAAGGAGUUUAUACUUUAGUGAUAAAACUGCAUAUAUAAAGUUAAUGGACUGACCCUUUCUUUUUGUCAGUCCAUUAUUCCAUGGUUGCCGUAUAAAAAUUCUUUGAGCCCUGUCCAACAAAUAAUAUAAAAACUGAGAAAUGACAAGUUGGGCUCACAUGUACGUUUAUCGCUGGCUAGCCACUGAAACCCCAUUUGUUCUCUUUCCUGUCCAACGUGUCACAUUGUACGAAUCGUAAAUAUGUGUACAAUAAUAUGUUGAUGUGAGAGAACCUAAGUGUUUAGUGAAGAAGCGCCUUCUCUCUGGCCUCCUGGCACCGUGUGUCAGCAUGGCACCCGAGCGUGGGCCCAAAGUAAUGCCUCUUCAUGGCAUUGUGCUUAUGACACAUCCAAUUCUCUGAACUAUGUUCAGCCAGUUCUUAUGCAUGUUUUAUUUAUUUUUUUGCAUCCCUUUGUGCCGUUUGUGUAUUGACCAGCAUUUCUAAACAGAACACAAUAAUAAUAUUUAGUUAGGUGUAAAUGUACAUAAAAGUGGCCUGUUAAUUGCGGGUUGUUGUUUGAGUAGUGCAAUCAGUGUUAUUGUCAGUAAGCCCACAAUUUAUGGUCAAGUGGAAAUACUGACUAUUUUUCUUUAGAACUUUACAUGUACUCCAAAGUUUUUGAAAGCAUGAUUUUAAAUGUCUUCAAAUUUGAACUAUAUUUGCUUUCACAUUUGUGAAUACCAAGAGAAGUUGACUGUUGUUAUUAGAUAUAAAUUAAGUUUGUGCUCUCUACUAUGUGAUUGUAUGUAUGGGUAUAUAAGCAGGCCACUAUAUCAUCUGUACAGUGACAGAUCUCUGUAAGGAAUGAUGUUUACCUUUUGUAAUAGCGUCACUGAUGAUUGUAACCCUCUCAGCUGAAACGGUAAAUGUAAAUUAAGUCAUUAAAGAGACAUUGUAGUCUAAACAAACAUUCUGUUGUCAGGGUGAUCAUCCUAAAUAUGCAUAAUACUGUCUCCUAUAGAUUAACAUUAUUUCAUGUUUAUGAUAUGCUUAAGUAUACCUAAAAUGCAAUUUAAUUAGGUUAUGUCAAAAAGGUAACACGUUUUAUUGUGUAUGUCUAAAGGUUUUUUUCCUGUUGCCCUAGCCCCUCUGGUUUUCUUCUUCACCAAUUAUUUGGGUAAUCCAAUAUGGCCGCCCUGUAGAAUAGACUUAUUUGAAUUGAAUGCAUUUCUUAGUUAAUUUAAAACAAUUUUCAUAAACGAUUAAAACAAACGAUUUUAUUCAUCUCUACUAUUUAAACAAAAUAGUUUCAUCCAAAUCUAAAACAGUCUAUCCUAAUACUUACCUUGUUUAUAGACUGGAUAAAUGGUACGACCGCAGUUACGUCACAUUGCAGAAGGUAGACAAACAUCUGCUUUUUGGAGAGAGUCGGAUCUUAGGGACGGACCAAUGGAAUGAGUCGAUUCUUUUAGCUCGAAAGUGUAUCCUCAAAUUGUUGGGCUCUUACUAAAAUUCCUUAAUUUUAUUUUUUUCCUCUUAAUUCCUUAAUUUUACCUACCGCUGUACGUACUUCCGCGACACUCUCGCGUGUGACUGUAUGUUUGCUCUGGGAUAUUAAGACUCCAACUUCAUGGUUCUCUGGCGAGUUACUGACUGGAAUUGUAUUAAAUAUAAUUGAUAUAACAUCCUGACUGUUAUAAUAUAUUUUCAUAUUAUAUGUCGUGAUAACUGCUACUACUCUUUAAGUUGAGUGGGAAGUGUUUACUUGUGAUCACAAUAAACAUUUGCGCUCCAGAACACUUUUUUUAUAUUAAUGAUGUCAAUUGAAAAAAGUAGAAAAAAAUGCAAUAAAUGGCAAAAGUCGGUAUUCACUCUUGCAAAAAAAAAAAAAUAAAAAAAUCGAAAGUCGGAAUUGGCCGAAGAAUUGCUAUUGGUGCACCUCUGGGUCCUACAUUACAACUUUAAAUUUACAUUUACAUUACUUUUUUUUUUAUCAUUCAUCCCAGUUGUACCUCUUUUCAGUCGCUUCCUCGUCUUCCGGCUCCCAGUCCUUUUUUCCCCAUCCCCUUUCCACUUCGUUUACUACUAAUAGCUGUGUCUGAAAGGCGUUUCUUUCGUCCGGCGGUUCAGACUAGUGGUCUGUGGGGGACACGCGCAUACACACGUUUUCUGCGGCACACAUUCCUGGACUGACGCCCGACCAUGACGGACCGGACGGAAACAGACGGUAAACUUAACCCGCUGCAGAGCGCGGGCUGGCUUUCACAGCUGUUUUUAUGCUGGUUAAGCCCUCUGCUGCGGCUGGGCUACAAACAAAAGCUUGAGGAAAGUGACAUGUACAGCCUUCUUUCAGAAUUUCGUUGUGAUGUUCUUGGCGAGGAACUUCAGAGAUUUUGGGGUCAUGAAGUGAGAAGAGUGAAGGAACUCUGGAAGCCCCAACUCAGCAGAGUUCUUCUCAGGUGCUAUGGGAAGUCGUAUGCGGUGGCUGGUGUGUUUGCAUUUUCACUGGAGGUCAUUAAAGUCAUCCAACCACUUCUACUGGGCAAAAUAAUACAAUUUUUUGAGAAUUAUGACCCCGACAACCUGGUCAGUCUGUACUGGGUUUACGGUUACGCUGCUGCCAUGUCCUUGUCCACUUUUGGACUAACUCUCCUCCAACACCUCUACUACUAUCAUGUCCAAAGAACAGGCAUGAAGAUGAGAGUGGCCAUGUGUCACAUGAUCUACAGGAAGGCUCUUCGCCUCAGUAGUUAUUCAAUGGGACAAACGGACACUGGACAAAUUGUCAACCUUCUUGCAAAUGAUGUUAAUCGCUUCGAUGAGAUUACAAUCAAUCUUCACUAUCUUUGGCUGGCACCUCUACAAGCUGUAGUGAUCAUUGUUUUUCUUUGGCAUGAGAUCGGCCUUUCAUGUCUGGCAGGGGUUGCAGUUGUGGCACUCAUGUUGCCUGUGCAGACUUGGUUUGGAAAACUCUUUGGUAUCUUCAGGAGUAAAACAGCUCAUCUCACCGAUCAUCGAAUUCGUGUCAUAAAUGAAGUGGUGUCUGGCAUAAGGAUCAUUAAAAUGUAUGCCUGGGAGAAACCGUUCUUUGCACUGGUUACUGAAGUCAGAAGGAAAGAAAUUCAUCAGAUAUUGAAGAGCUCUUAUCUGCGUGGACUCAACUUGGCCUCCUUCUUUGCUAGCAGCAAGAUCAUUGUCUUCUUUACCUUUGCCCUCUACUCUCUCCUUGGCAACACCAUUACUGCCAGCACUGUGUUUGUCACUGUGUCGCUCUACGGCACAAUAAAAAUCACUGUCACUCUUUUCUUCCCAUUGGCUGUGGAGAAAAUUUCAGAGACGAUUGUCAGCAUUCAGAGGAUUGAGAAUUUCCUUCUGCUGGACGAAAUUGAAAGAAAGAUCUCUGUGCUGCCUCCGGCUGAAAAGAAUCAAAGCUCCAUUGAGAUAAAGGGGAUGACCUGCUACUGGGACAAGACAUUAGACGCUUACUCGCUCUGUGAUGUCUCCUUCUCUGUGAGAUCCAACCAACUUCUAACUGUUAUUGGGUCAGUCGGGUCUGGAAAGUCAUCCCUGCUGAGUGCCAUCCUUGGAGAACUUCCACAUGACACAGGUACACUGCAGGUCAGAGGUCAGUUGGCCUAUGCCUCCCAGCAGCCCUGGGUGUUUCCUGGAACCAUACGCAGUAACAUUUUAUUUGGAAGAGAUCUAAACCCACGGAAGUACGAGGCGGUCAUCAGAGCCUGUGCUUUAAAGAGUGACCUGGAGCUGCUUCCAGAUGGAGACAUGACACUAAUAGGAGACAGAGGAGCAACUCUAAGUGGGGGGCAGAAAGCUCGGGUCAACCUGGCAAGGGCUGUGUAUCAGGAUGCAGACGUGUACCUCCUGGAUGAUCCCUUAAGUUCUGUAGAUCCUGAGGUUGGAAAACAUAUUUUUGAACAGUGUAUCUGUGGCCUACUGAAAAACAAGUCUUGUAUCCUGGUCACCCACCAGCUCCAACAUCUUAGAGCAAAUGACCAGACUCUGGUCCUGAAGGAGGGUCAAAUUAUGGCCCAGGGCCUAUACAGAGAUGUGCACUCCUCUGCUCUGGACACUGUCUCCUUGACCAAGAGUGAUGAGGAACACAAGAGAUUGUCUCAAUCAACUGACUCAGACCGAACAUCUUUACUGAGUCACAGGUCGCACAAUUCACACUGUUCUCACAGUGGCGUCCUGUCUCCGGAGAGCAGCUGCCCACAACAGCGGGCUGUGGACUUUGUCUGUGCUGCAGGAGAGGAGACCCGUGUGGAUGGUGAUGUCAGCAGCCGUAUCUAUCUCAAAUACUUCACUGCUGACACAAACAUCCUGUUCCUGAUGUUCAUAGUCCUGCUCAGUAUCAUAGCUGAGGCUGCAUACAUCCUGCAUGACUGGUGGCUUGUUUACUGGACAGGAGGGAAUGCUGUCAACAGUACUCGUCCUGCUGUUAGGAAUAACACAGAAAUGCACCAUUCUCACUCAGACCCAGAGCUCAGGUUCUACCUUGGUAUUUACUCAGGUUUGACAGCAGCAGCUGUGGUCUUAGGCUAUGCCCGGAGUUUACUGAUCUGUCAUGGGUUGGUCAGAUCAUCUCAGAAACUUCACAACAGCAUGUUCAAAGCAAUCCUCCACACUCCGGUAUCAUUUUUUGAUGCCAAUCCUAUAGGAAGAAUCCUAAACAGAUUUACUAAAGACAUUGGCCAGAUGGACUCCAUGUUACCCAUGACUUUUGUGGACUUUUAUCAAUUAUUUCUACAGAACAUUGGGGUGGUCGCUGUCGCAGCCUACAUCAUCCCUCUCAUCCUGAUUCCCAUCAUCCCAUUGAUGUUUGUCUUUGUCUACUUAAGACGGUUCUACCUCAGAACAUCACGGGCUGUAAAACGCCUGGAGUCCACUGCUCGGAGUCCAAUCUUCUCUCAUUUGUCUUCAUCUCUACAUGGCUUAUGGACGAUCCGAGUCUUCAAAGCUGAAGACAGGUUACAGCGAGUCUUUGAUAACCAUCAGGACCUGCACUCAGAGGUGUGGUUUCUGUUCCUCAUGACCUCCCGCUGGUUUGCUCUUUAUCUCGACACCAUCUGCUCCAUCUUUGUCACUUUUACCUCAUUUGGCUGUAUUUUUCUCAGGAAUGGUCUGGGGGCUGGAGAGGUGGGACUGGUGCUCACGUAUGCUGUGACACUUGUUGGAAACUUCCAAUGGACAGUUAGACAAAGUGCAGAGGUGGAGAACAUGAUGACAUCAGUGGAAAGGGUGGUGGAGUACACACAACUCAAGAGUGAGGCAUCCUGGGAAACUGAAAAGUGUCCUCCUUCUAAUUGGCCAAGCCAAGGAAAAAUUACCUUUAACAGAGUAAACCUCUCCUACAACUGCGAUAGUCCACGAGUCCUCAAAGACAUUAACGUGACCUUCAAGCCCCAGGAGAAGGUUGGUAUUGUGGGGAGAACAGGUGCUGGGAAAAGUUCCCUGAUCUCAGCCCUCUUUCGCCUCUCGGAGCCUGAAGGAAACAUCUACAUUGAUGAAGUUCUAAUCUCUGAGAUUGGCCUCCAUGACCUGCGCCAGAGGAUGUCCAUCAUUCCGCAAGACCCACUGCUGUUUACAGACACUGUGAGACAAAAUCUGGACCCUUUGAACCAACACUCAGAUGAGGUUCUGUGGAGAACUCUGGAGGAGGUUCAACUGAAGUCUGUGGUGGAGGAACUACCUGCUAAAAUGGACACAGUUCUGUCAGAGUCAGGCUCCAACUUCAGUGUGGGUCAGAGACAGCUGGUCUGUCUGGCCAGAGCUCUCCUGAGGAAGAACCGCAUCCUGAUCAUUGACGAGGCCACGGCCAACGUGGACCUCAGGACAGAUGAGCUGAUCCAGAGAACCAUACGAGACAAAUUCAGAGAGUGUACCGUGCUGACCAUCGCUCAUCGUCUCAACACCAUCAUAGAUAGUGAUCGUAUCCUGGUGCUGGACAAUGGUGUUAUCCAGGAAUAUGAUCUCCCCUUCACCUUGCUUCAAAACAAAGAGGGCGCUCUUUACAAGCUAGUGCAACAGAUGGGUCCAACUGAGGCCGCAGCACUUCUGGAGUCAGCCAGACAGGUGUCGCUGUGCCAAUCUAAACAGACCGCACCUCCACCACUGACGUCAGCUGGACAGGACAGUCAGCAGAACAAUCAUAACCAAAACAUGUGGUAGAAACAAAUGUUAUAAAGUGAGUAAAACUGUUAGGGCUGUGAUAUCCCAGUCGUUGCCAAACAAAAGACAAUACCACGUAAUCAGUGUUCGGCGUCAGUCCACGCGUGGGAUUUAAAAUUUUAAUUUUUUAAGUUUUUCUUGCGCUGGCUUUACGGUAUAGCUUAGCAAAGUCGUCGAUUUGUACCAUCAUUAAGAACAAGGAAGCAAUAAAAAUGCCAACGUUGCCAAAAGAGUGACUGUGGUCACCAAGCAAAGAUAUCAGACAUUAGGAGAAGUGGAUAAGUUGCUACUGAUUUGGAUCAAUGAAAAGCAUUUGGCUGCCAACAGUAUUUUGGAGACAAUUCGUGACAAAGCGAAGCGAACGUUGGGCAAUCAACAUCUCAGCACCGGUAAGGAUGACGCCUUUCUGUCUUCAGAAUAGUGAUGUGUCGUUCGCGAGUGAUUCGUUCAAUAUGGCUCGUGACUCUCGAGUCAUAUGAAAGAUUCGUGACUCGUGACUCCCAAGUCAUAUGAAAAAUGUGUUCAUAUUGAACUUACGAAUCACUCACGAAUAACUCUGCGAACUAAUCACUCAUUGCAAACGAAUCUUUAACUGCGAACAAAUCACUAUCUGCGAACUAAUCACUCACUGUGAACAAAUCACUCAGCGAACUAAUCUUUCACUGUGAACUAAUCAUUCGCUCUGAACUAAUAUUUCACUAUGAACGAAUCACUCUCCGCGAACUAAUCUUUGACUGUGAACUAAUCUCAGAUUCGUUCUCUCAGAGUCGUUCAAAAAUUCGUUGUCACAGAUUUGUUUUCGCAGAUUCGUUUCAGCAGAGUCGUUCUCGUAGAUUCGUUCAAAGCUUCGUUCUCGCAGAUUCGUUUCAUUUGUCACGUGACAGAGAGCUCGAGUCUCUUGCUCUCAUUCAUCUUCACAUUGUGGUGUGUUUUUUUUACGUGGUUUUAAUUGCUUAUUGCAUUUUGUGUUCUUUGUAGCCUUUUUCAGCGGAAGCAAACAAUAUUGCCUUUAGUAUUUAGUGUUGGAGAACCGCAGCCUUCUUUACAACGCCCACAAUAGGGCUAAAGCGCCACCUGCUGUAAAACGAAUGAAAUGAUUCAUCAAGUUAAUUUUACUGUUCGAGAGUCAAAGAUCCGAAUAGUAAAAAAAAGUCUGUCUUCCCAUCACUACUUCAGAACGCCCCCUUGUUUUAACUAUUUGGAUAAGUUUAACCCACAGACAGAUUAAAUAAUGAACCAGAAAGCCUAGGUCCGGUGGUUUGCUGAAUAAUUAUUUAAUUUUAAGCGUUUCAUUCACAAUCAGUCUCCACCAUGCCCAAGACAUUGACAGUAUGGCAGCAUUGUACAACACUAGAUAACUGAAAAAAGUUAAAUGAAAAGUUUACCUUAAUUCUUCCACGUUCAACAAAUUAUAAGCCUUUAACUAGUAUCCCUGAUGUAAAAUUCAACACCUUUGAUGUAAACAGCUGAUGAAAACAUGAAAAACUAAAAAUACCACAU